AUGACCGCGAUGCCCGGCCGGGAAAAGCCCUUCCUCGACACUAACCAGCCCGUCAACGGCGAGAAGGAAACCAGCUCAGUAGCUGCCGUCGAGAAGAAGGACGAGCCCACGCCUACUGACGGUGCCCCCGUUACAAACGGAGCUGAGCCCGUCUCUGCUCCCACACCUGCUGCUGCUGCUGCUGCUGCUGCUGCGCCUGCCAAGGCCGAGAGCACAGUUGAAGCUCAUCCCACCGAAGAUGAGGGCGAUUCUUCCUCCGACGAGGACGAGGACGAGGAGAAGGCCGAUGCCGAAACGCAGGAGCCCCAGGGUGCUCAGCUGGCCACCCGUGUCGCUAUCGUCCCCGCUCGCGUCCCGACCCCCGAGGCCGACAAGAGGGUUUCCUACCACGAGGAUGCCGACCUCCACGUCAAGGUCCGCGAGUCCAACGGCACUCCCGCUGUGUACUCGGUCCGCUCCGCGGCACUUUCUACCGCCUCGCGCGUCUUCAGGGACUUGCUCGCAGGAGACAACACCUCCAGCGUCAUCGACCUGCAAUCCCCCGCCGACACCGCCGCCGGUCUCGAUGUGCUCUUCUCCAUCGCCCACUUCAAGUUCCACCAGCUCCCCACCAGACCCAACGUUGACCUUCUGUACGACCUUGCCCUGGCUGCCGACAAGUAUGCCGCCACGCAUCUGCUCGUCCCCUUCAUGAAGGAGUGGGUCGUCGCCCUAAACCGCCACGUUCUCAUGGCCGGCGCCCGCAACGACGAGGACAAGACCCUCGUCCUCAGCUGGGUCUUUGGCGAGGCUCGCUGGUUCAGCCGCGUUCUGGCCAAGGCCGCGUACAAGUCGCGCGUCGGCGCCGACGGCGCCCUCGUCGACUCCAACGGCAGGCCCUGGAGGGACCAGCCCAUCUCCGACGAGGUCAUCAACAUGCUGACCGCCACCCGCGCCGAGGCCGUCGACAAGAUCGUCAAGGCCGUCAGCAACCCCGUCCACCGCCUUCUCAACCCCUCGUGCUACCCCGGCGAGGAGAUCCGCUACUGCCACGCCGGCACCGACGACGGGACCGCCGAGGACUGCGAGCAGCUCCUCCUCGGAUCCGCCAUCAUGGGUCUGACCAAGGCCAAGCUCUGGCCUCCCCCGGAGCCCGCCAGGGUCAAGGUCAGCGCCGUCGAGCUCGCGAGGGCCUACGGCGAGGUCCGCAUCCGCCGGUACCAGACUCCUGGCCUGCGCUUCAGGGAUAGCGCGGCCGAGGGUACGCCUCUGGAGGACCCCCACGCCAAGUGUGGUUUCGGUCACCGCGAGGCGCUCGAGAAGAUCCUCAACACGCCUGCCAAGGUUGGUUCCAGCGUCGUCAGCCAGCUGAUCACCAGAGCCAAGAAGUCGGGUGCGUUUGGCGAGGAGCUGUUUUCCGAUUUGAAGGAGUACGUCCAGGACGACGGUGUUGCCGUCGAGGGCGAGGAUCUCAAGAGCGACCCUGUCCACUACAAGCAGGUCCGCGAGAAGAACAACGGUGUUGUCGAGAACAAGGUUCCGGCUGAUGAUGAUGAUGAAGAGGACGACGAGGAUGACUCCAGCUCCGAGAGCGACGACGAGUAA